AUGUACGACUUCUCGCAGUAUGGCACACCUAGCAAGGAAUGGCUCGAAGUGAGCAGUGAUUCUGCUACACCCCAUUCGAGUCUCUCCGUGGUUGAGAGGCAGGAAAUCGUCAACAAGCAGCGCGAACAACGGUCUGCUCAGGAAAUGGAAACUCUAUCGCCAAUGGUUCGGAUGGUCGACCACAGCAUCCUGACCCAAGAUCAAUCCAGCCUCAAGUCACGUAGCUAUACGUCGGUAGACUCCGAUAUACCACAGCGCCUGCCGGUGGCUUUAUAUCUUCACGGGGGUGGCUUUUUGACUGGUACCAUCACCUCCGAAGAUGCAGUUUGCUCUCGUAUUGCUAUCAAUACUGGAAUUGUGGGUUUGAACGUGUGUUAUAGGCACACGCCUCAACAUACUUAUCCUGUAGCAUGGAACGACACCCAUGAUGCAUUCGAAUGGCUCCAUGACCACAUCGAUGAUUUGGGCGGCGAUCCGCAGCAGGUGAUGAUUAUCGGCAUCUCCUCAGGAGCCUAUCUAGCAGCAUCAUUCGUGCUCGAGGAGCAUUUGAGCCUUGGAUCCACGACCCGCCCUCCCAUUGCGGGUCAAAUACUCAUGGUUCCGUCGUUGAUCAAUGUUGAGUGCUAUGGACCGAUGAUCGAAAAGUUUCAAGAUCCAUCCGUAUGUUCUCUACACAAAAGUCGUGAUGCGCCAUUGCUUUCGCUGUCUACUCUUCAAGUCUACACGGUACGUGCCUUCCGCGUUGGGAACUUUGACAUGUACUUCACACUCACGUCUGACCGUGGCUAUCACAGGGCCUGCUUCAAAUUCGAAACCCAACAGAACAAGAUCUUCGUCUAA